CCGUUUACGUCAUCUACGUGCGUCGAGAGGACUUGGUUGCAUGUCGAAGCGAAAAGGGGGCUUCGUCUGCUCUUCACAUGUCGUUGCCUCAUUAUCUGUCUGGAAAAAUACCGUCAAAUGAAAGCAAGUGUCUGUUCUGGUGGGGGGAUUAACCAUCCGAAACCGAUCGGCUCUGUCUGCGUGAAAUAGGGAAUGAACGACGAGACAGCAUCGGACAGCUGGAAGAGAAACUCCGGGUGCUCCAGUAUUGAGCAAAUGCUGGCUGUGAAUCCCGGAAAGACGCCCAUCAGUCUGCUGCAGGAGUAUGGAACGCGGAUAGGCAAGACCCCAGUUUACGACCUGCUGAAGGCCGAGGGACAGGCCCACCAGCCCAACUUCACGUUCCGCGUCUCCGUCGGAGAGAUCAGCUGCACCGGCCAAGGGCCCAGCAAGAAGGCAGCCAAGCACAAAGCAGCUGAGGCUGCUCUGAAGAUGCUCAAGGGAGGCCUUGGAGGUCCCGCUGGAGUUGCCGUUGGAGUAGACGGGUUUAUUGGAGUUGAUGGGUCCACUGAUGGAGACGGCUCCCAGUCAGAGAUGAAGACCUCAGGCAGUUCUCAGCAGUCUGAAUGCAACCCUGUAGGAGCUCUGCAGGAAUUAGUGGUGCAGAAAGGAUGGCGUUUGCCCGAGUACACAGUCACCCAGGAAUCUGGUCCAGCACACCGCAAAGAGUUCACCAUGACCUGCAGGGUCGAGAGAUUUGUCGAAAUCGGAAGUGGAACCUCCAAGAAGCUAGCGAAGAGGAACGCAGCAGCUAAGAUGUUAUCACGUAUACACGACGUCCCGGUGGACCUGAGGGCCAGCAAUGAUGCUGAUGCAGAAGAUGACACGUUCACCAUGCACAUGGGGAGCAGAGCUGAGUCGGGCAAAAGUAAAGGCUUCAGCUGCACUUGGGACUCCCUGCGUAACUCUGCUGGAGAAAAGAUCCUCCAGCUCCGCAGCCACCCUCUGGGCAUCCCCACUGACUCCAACUUCUGCUCUUUGCUGAGCGACCUGUCCGUGGAGCAGCGCUUUGACGUCAGUUACCUGGAUCUAGAGGAGCGUAGUCUGAGCGGCCUGUGCCAAUGUCUAGUGGAGCUGUCCACACAGCCAAUCACGGUGUGCCACGGCUUUGCUCCAAGCAUAGACGCCGCUCGAGCCAAUGCAGCCCACAAUGCACUUCAGUACCUCAAAAUCAUGGCUGGAGGAAAGUGAUAUCAUCUGUCUCCUCACAGACGUUACCUCGUCACUACCCCACUACCCAUCGCCGUGACAGAUUUCCACUUUGGAUGAAGGAGUCACUUUUGCGAUGAGUUCAAAUAACGUGAAUUACCUCAAAUCACAAAUUUGGAAAUAGAGACAUUUUCUGUCCCCAGAUGAACCCCUGCAGCUUUUUUUUUUUUUUUUGGUCAUGUCAAUCUCUUAUUGUUGCCAUUGAAGAUUUAGCCCAAAAACUCAUGCACUUGAGAUUUUGCGUUUUUGUCAGAAAUUAUUUAAAAAUGCUUUUUCUGUCAGUGUUUCACGUUUUGUUUGCUUAGCAUAUGCAGCACUGUAUUUUCCACAAAUCAAAAGUUUAGAAAGUCUUAAUAUUAUAUCAGUAAUGGUGCUCUCGCAUGAGUUCCCAGAUAACUGCAAAUUCUGAUGCAACAACAAGUGCAAAAGGUCAAAGGGGUUUGUAGAAAUUGGACCACGGAUUCGCCGAGUAUUGGUGCUUUGUUUAAUCCCAUCCACGGUCAUGUCUUGGAUUAACAGAGGAAAAAUUUCCAGCCGUGAGCAGAAACAUGGAGAGAAAAGGACUCUGCUGAUUCGCUGUCAAAGGAUUAUUAUUUUAAAGACUGCCCCGUUUUCAGAUGAGCUUGAAGGAGCAUUGAAAACACGGCAAAACAUCUCAGACUGUCAUCUGUGAUGUUCUUAAUGUUGGGCCUCUAAGAUUUGAAUUUUGGACAUUUUUUUUCCCGGUUUAGAACUCACCAUGUUAUCUUUUUUUAACAGUAUGCACUCAAAUAAGGUUUAAAUUUAGAAAUUGCUCCUGUCACUCUUUGGUGUUCCUAAAGGAGAAACUGAGAGGAGUUUCGGUAGAAUCGGAUGACAGAAUACGAUGAUAUGAACUGUCUGGUAAUGUGUGCAGUUUUUCCCUUUUAUAGACUUUCUUUCAAGAUCUGGCCUGUUUAGGAAGGUCCUCACAAUUACAAACACCAAGAGGGAAAACUCACACUAUGUCUCUUUGGAGUGUGAAUUUAAAAAAAUAUUGCUAUUAAAUUUAAAAUCAACUUAUUGGUUCAGUUAACUCCCGAAUGUGCAAACCACAUUGUAAAGUUUAAUUAACUGCUUUAAAACUUUUUCUGAUUACAUUUCUUUUAGCACACGGACUUUGCUUGAAGAGCUUCACCAGUCCAUUUUAGGGUAAAACAAACAAGGUAAGGUAAUCAGGUCUUAUGAUAAAGCGUUGCUCAAACUAUAAUCAUUAAGCUGCUAAAACCUUCAUUUGGACUUUCAAAUGUUGUGCUCUCUUUUUCCUUUAUUGUUUCAUUUCUAAUUUUAAGCGUUGCCAUUUUUUUUCUGUCAGUGCGACUAUGAUUCCCGUUGUAACAUUUAAAAAUCUUUUUUCCAGCUACCUGUUGUGUUGUGCUGCACAGAUUCAUUUCUGCACAACUUACUGUACAACUUGCAUACAACUUGCAUAUGGGUACAUACACUGCCUUGCACUCAUUUGAAAUCAGUACUGAAAACAGAAAACGGUUUGCACUACAUGAAAAGAUGUCCUUUGCACAAUGCAGGCUGACCAGGUUUCUGUUCGUCUCUUCUCCCCAGUAUACAUACAGUGUGUUUGAUGUAACCUCAUUCUGUAAAAAGGCUGAUCUGCAUAAUCUUUUUCCUGAUUAGUGAAAUAAGGAACUGAACCUCUGAUUUUAGUGAAUUUUAGGUGCUGACACUGUUGACGUCAAUGCUGACAUUUAGACGUUUGAGACUUUUUGUUGUGGUGGUAGAAAAUGUUGCCCAGAACAAUGAACUACAAUGUGAGCUCCAUGUGAAAUUGAAUUUGUUUCCAAUAAAACAUUUUUGUAACCUUUACUGCCAAA